AUGCUAUCAACUGUAUCCCUAUUAUCACUGGCUGUAUUACUAGGAGCGACGGACGUGGCGGCACAAAGAAUCUGUUACGAUGGUUACGGACGUCGAUACUACUGCAACAACGGACUAGCAUGGGGUGCGAGAUUAGGAAUUGGCUUGGGGGUGGCUGCAUUAGUGUUGAUAAUUUUUGCGCUCUGCGGCUUUUGGCGUCGAAAGCAACUCCGAAACCAGUUUUCCAAAUACAAACCACCAGCAUUACCAUACACUGGUAACGAUCAAAACGGACAAAACCCAUAUGCCAACAACCCACCUCCUCCUACAGGACAAGCUGGAUCUUAUUAUAACAACUCGAGUUAUAAUGGGAAUCCAUACGGUAACUCACCUGCCCCUCCUGCUCAGACUUAUCAACCUUCAAUGGCUGGUCAGUAUACCGGUGCUACCAAUAACAACCAAACCCAGGGUAAUGAAGAUAACGAACAUGGCUACGAAUGGGAACAAGCUAGAGAAAACGAAAGGUUAGAAAGAGAACAAGCUAAUGGAGGUGCAAAUGCAAAUGCAAAUGCAGCUCCCGCUCCUCCUGGCUACGAUAUCGCUACUAGUACACAUAAUACCGGAACCACAAACUCAACUCACUAUCAACCUCCCGCUGGUCCUCCUCCAGGCAAAACUCAUUAA